AUUUCUAUAUAAUUUAUGGGUUCUAUUUACUUACAUAAAGUUUUGUUAUUGUUACGAGGUGAGGUUCCACCACAUGGCGGCAGGUAUACUAGGAGGCUACUAGAAAGCAAUAGAAUUCGCAGCAGCAGCAGCAACAGCAACAGCUGUUGUUGCAUCAUCAGCAGCAACAACAACAACAACAAUAAAUAUCGACAAUCCGAACGACAAUUGUGCGGCACAUUACAAGCAUUUUACAAUACAAAGUGUGCAGCAGCUGCUACCCUCAAUUAUGGAACUGGCAAUGAACUAUUGGAGGCUAGUGCAACCAUAACCACCUGUAAGCCAACACAGAGGCAAUUCAAUGUGAGAUUAGAGAAACCAUUGGCCAAAGAUGAGCAACUGGCCCUGACUGGCGAUGUUAAGGCAUUGGGCGAAUGGCAGCUAUCCCGCUGUGUGCCCCUCGAACGUGGCCAGGAUGAUUUUAGCUGGCAGACAACAGUCCUUCUGCAAUCCUGUCGACAAUUGGAAUAUCGUUACUUUGUCUAUGUGGAGGAUGAUGCUGGCAAUAAGCAGAUACGUCGCUGGGAAACACACUUCAAGCCAAGAUCAUUGGGUCCUUGUACGGAAUUGUCGUGCAGUCAGUUGGAUGUAUUUGGCAUUACCUCAGAUACCCAGCAGGUUCAUCGCGGAUGGCUCAAUCAUGAAGUGAUUGUUCAAUUGAAAUUCAAUGCGGAGAAAAUGUUUCAAGUUCAUGAUAUCGAGACAUUCGAUCCACAGCAUGUACAAUUGAAAGUGGUGCCAGUGGAGCAGACAGCGGGCCUGAAAGUGGAGUACACCAAACAGGAGUAUGGCAGAAGUCAAUUGCAGGAGCAGCCUGUCUUUGGAGUGCCCUACACAAAGAAUGAUAUUGUGAUCUUUCACAUAACGUUGCCUUUGGAGAAGGUAAUGACACAGAGAUUCCGUUUGGAUUGCUACAACAUGGCCAACGAGCUGCUGGGCAGUGCUAGUCUGGCCAGUGCCGAGAUGAAUGGCAGCGAGGGAUUGCUUCAAUUGCACAUUAAGUCGUCCAGAGAUUCCCAAGAGACUUUAGCCCGUCUGCGUUUGCCCUAUGUCCUUGUGCAGCCGUAUCAAUAUUCAGCAUUGGAUUUCAAGACCACCUACGCCCAUUAUUGGCCCAAAUCGUGGCCAAAUCUCGAUGUAGGUCAUCGUGGUAAUGGCAAGAGUUACAUUGCCGAAGCUCCGAUCGAACGGGAGAACACCAUUGCCUCAUUUCUGAGUGCCCAUGAGCAUCAUGCCGAUAUGAUUGAGCUCGAUGUGCAUCUAACUGCUGAUGGCAUACCGGUGAUCUAUCACGAUUUUGGUCUUCGAACUGCGCCGCCGGGCAAACAGAUCACGAAGCCCGAGCAAUUGGAAUAUGUACUGAUCAAGGACAUUAACUAUGAGCUGCUCAAACGUCUGCGUAUCUUCUCUGUGAUCAAUGGAAGGGAGGUGCGAGAAUAUCCCUCGCACAAUGCCGAGCCGCGUCCCGAGCAUCGCAUCUUUCCACGGCUUGAGGAGGUGCUGGUGCAGCUACCUAAAUCCCUGGGCAUUGAUGUCGAGAUCAAAUGGCCACAGCGACGCAAUGGUGGCGGCUCCGAGGCUGAGCAGACCAUCGAUAAGAAUUUCUUUGCGGAUCGUGUACUACACCUGGUGAUCCGUCUCGGUUGCGGCCGACCGAUCAUAUUCUCCAGCUUCGAUGCGGAUAUGUGCACCAUGCUGAGAUUCAAGCAAAAUAUAUUCCCUGUGAUGUUCUUGACCCAAGGAGAGACGAAGAAAUGGCAGCCCUUCAAUGAUCUGAGAACCCGCAACUUCCUGGCGGCCAUCAAUAAUGCUCAGGCCUUCGAAUUGGCUGGCACGGCGCCGCAUGCCGAGGACUUCCUGCACGAGAAUGCCGCCCAGAUGUUGCAACAGGCCAAGGAUCAGGGACAGAUUGCUGUCAUCUGGGGCGACGACUGCAAUUCCAAGGAGAGAGUGAAGUACUUUACAAAAAUCGGAGCGACAGCCACGUGCUACGAUCGAAGUGAUCUCUUUAUGCCCGAGGGCAAGCAAAGGGCCUUCUUCAAUUCGCCGGCUCUGCUAAAGGAAUUCGAGGCGCAAUGUAGGAUCUAAUAACACAGGGGGAAUCAUCGGGCGGGUAGUAGUAAUUAAAACUUUUAAUUGUUAAGCUUGUAAAAAACCGAAAAUGUAGAAGAAAAAGAAAAGAAAAGCACACCAACCAAGAGAUGAGAAAGAUGAGAGAAAGAAAUAUGGGGUAACCAAAUACCAUUAAUAUACACAAAAACAUUUUAAUGAACGGAGCAAAUGUUCAAUUAACAUGGCACCUCGGGGGUCCCUCACAUAUGUAGGGGGGGACCCCCUCCAAUUGGCAUUGGAGUUCCCGGAACAACAAAAUCAAAUCUAAGUAGCGAAAAAGACAAUGGUGAAGAAAGCGUAAAGAACCACAACAAGAAAUACCUAAAGAAAAAAAGAAAUACAUAAAUACCUGGGCAACAACAAACAAAAACAGAAAUAUUUUUCUAUGCUUCAAUGCAAAAUAUUGUUAUUUGAUAAACAAAUUGCCGAUUCAAUAUUUAUACAAAACUAUGUAUGU